GGGUGUUUGCCUCUGUGCCAUGUGGUCUGUGUUUCGCUGAUGAUCCAGUAUGUAGUUCCUGAUUAAAAAGCAACUUUGCAGUUUUUAUAUUGUUACGUAUGUGUGCGCAUUUGGACCCAAACAGGAACCAGCAACAGAUCUGAGAGACACCCCACCCCUGACCACACCUCUAACGCCGGAUUGUGAUCAAUGCAACCGAAAGCGUAUGCAGACGUCGGGCCAUAAAGACGAAAAUGGAUUCGAACGAAUCGGCUCUCCAGGAAAAAUGUUACGAUCCUGGGGAUCCGACACUCCGUUUUGUCGAUGGAGAGGACCAUUUAGACUUUCUGUGUGAAGGGUUCAAGUCUCCGAGAGCUCUGAUGUCCUGUGGUCACGCAGUGACCCCGAUGUCUCUCACCGCGUGGUGUCGUGUAUUGCUCCACCAGGGUAAAAGCAGAUUUGUGUGUGGCCAGCCUAAUUGUAAUGUGGAGUGGUCUUUUGAAGAAGUUUGUAAAAUGGCUCUUCUGACCCGAGAAGAAAAGAAGUACUUUAAAGAAACUCUGGCUCUCAACUACUACCUGGAAAACAUUGAUACCAAACCAUGUCCUGGAUGCACAUCUUCUGUCGUGAGAAAGAGCAGAUCCAACCUGAGAGUUCGCUGCAAAGCGUGCACAGCAACCAGAGAGCAGCCCUAUGACUUCUGCUGGCAGUGUUUGAGGGAAUGGAAAGGUCCACGCACACGGUCAGACCGCUGCGACAAUGAUGGCUGCUGCAACCUGUCUCUGGAAACUCUGAAAACCUGCCCAGAUGUUGUGAUAUUUGGAGUGACUGGUUGCCCCUCCAUCCGGGCCUGUCCCACCUGUGGCUCACUGUUGGAGCACAGCAAGUUACACUGUAAAAACAUUGUCUGUCCCCGGUGUAGUGCGCGGUUCUGUUUUGUGUGUCUGAAGCCCAGUGUCGAAUGUUACCAAAGAAGCAGGAGUUCCCCACAUUGCUCCAGUGGUGUCGCCCCUAGACAGACCUCUAUACCUGUAUGGAAGAGGAAAUAACAGGAACAACACCAGACUGUAUGUUCACUUUGCUUUGAUGCAAGUCUGCCUUUGUUUUAAUUAGACAUGUGUCUCUGGUUUAGAUGAAAUUUAAUUUCUUCAUAACUGGAAAUGAAAUGCAUCCUAAUAUAACAGUCCUCAACUAGAUCUCAGCUUCAUGAAGGUUAUAAUAUUCAGAAUUUGUUUAAAAUAACUGUGAAAGAGCUGUUGAUUCAACUGUUUUUCAUUUUGUAAAACUGUUGGGAAUGUUUCUAUUAUUUUGACAAUUAAUCAGCAGACAUGGCUAAAUAAACAAAAGCGUUCAAUUCCAUCUAAUUUAUUAAACUAAGAUUUAGUGUGUGUAUAUGCACCUUUAUUUGUGAGGUAAUUGCUGCCAAAGUGGAUUGAUUCUUACCUAAAUUAGAUGAAUGACAGACACAUACAAUAUUUUUCCCCCACUGCAGGAUGAAUUAUCUUAUCUUGUCAUAUCAUGAUAUCCACCAACAUAUGUAGUUAUUUUAUGUGUCCUGCUUCUUUCAUGUUUGCUCAUUGCCAUUUAGCCUGUAUAAUCUCUAUUUGUGUGUGCUGCUUCCUCAUUCUGCUAAUUAAAUUAUGUUUCCUUGUG